UAAAUGGAACUCGUGAGCUCGUAAUUACAUGGUUAAUCGUGUAGCGUUACACAACUCGUGAACUCGGAACUCUCAGAAAAUCUAUACUUCAAUGUUGUGAUUUGUAAUAAUCACAAGACUAGGAUUGAAGACGGUAAACCUGUACUGAUUAGAACGCACCAAAAGUCAGUAAGUGCCGAGAAGUUUCCCUCUUGUGUUUACCUUCUCUGGAGAUUCCUCGGGCAAUCAGAGCAAUGGCAGACAGAGAGAGGGGGCUGACUCCAGAUCAGCCGUACGCUAACAUCUAGUGUAGACAACUAGCUGAAUAAACAACAGUGGAACGAACGCCCCGAACAGGCAGGAAUGGGGACUUCACGGGCCCUGAUGGCAAACAGAAAGGAAUGUGCGCUUUAUCUCAAAUGUAGAAAGAACACUACGUUCGACGGCCAGUAUUAAACAAGGCGACGCGUAUUUUUCGGUUCGUCGGAUCAUUCAAGAUACAUUCUGUUUCCUAUUUUUGUAUGUGUGUGUUUCUGUGACGGUGUUGUCAGUCUUCUCAACCGACUGCUGACGUUCGUUCGCAAUCCCACUUUUGUCCCAUUUUCGAUUUAUUACGGGCCGUAUGUUCAGUAAAAGAACCUUCGAGGAAAUCCUUCAUUUCAUCCGAAGGAAACUCUAACGGCAGCUGAGGGUGGUUGCUCAAGCCUGUGAUGGAUCGGUGAUCUCUGUGGUGAUCUUCCUCAUCUUCCUCCUCCUCUCUCUCACUGCCACUGCCUGCUGCGAGUGGAGCGUACCGGACGGGCGCCUGCGUCUCCCCUGCUCCCCUGGGGUCAGAGGUCAUAGGUCGCACCAGCACCGGCAGCGGCAGCCAUGAAGAGUGAGGUCCCAGCCGACGCGGCGGCGCAGCGAAAGCCAGAGCACCUGAAGGGCCCGCUGGCCCCUCCGCCACCAGAGCCGAUGGACACGGGCAAGAGCUUCCCGCCAGACGUGGACGUGCUGGGCAAGGGCAAGGCCGGCAGCGAGUUCUCUCCGCUUUGUGCUGUGCCGCCGGCCGACGACGACGCUCACCACCGGCCCUUACGGGACGGCGAGCGCGAGAGGAGCCUCCCCGGCCGCAAGAAGCGCAAGGGCCAGCAACAGGCGGGGCCCUCGGACUGCUCGGCCCUCAAGGCGCCCGCGCUCGCGCCGCCCCAGCUGCCCCCCCGCGUGCCCCCUCCCCCCCCGCCGGCCGCUCUGAACGGGCGCAGCGAGGACGAGCGCCACCCGGAGUCGUCGCUGAGCGACUGCGCGUCCUCGCACUCGUCCAGCCUGCGCUUCGGCGACUCGGACACGCUCAGCACGGACGAGGACGGCGACGGGGAGGGUGGCUCCAGGGCGUCCGGCGUGGGGGGGUCGCACACGCACGGCUCGCACGCACACACGCGCUCCCAGCCGCCGCCCACGCAGCCAAUAGCACGGACUCGCGCCAGCCGGAGGUGGACCCGCCUGGAGCCGGAGGCGGUGCUUCUGAAGCGGCAGUGCCUGAGCGCUCGGAAGCCGCACGGCCACAGGAAGCGUCUGGUCAAGGCGUCGUCCGGCGGAGGGCGGACGAGCAAGCAGAAGGAGCGGCUCCUGCUGCAGCGGAAGAAGCAGCGCGAGUCCUUCAAGCGCAGGAAGUACGCGCUGCUCCAGAGCUCCUCGUCGUCCAGCGGCGAGCUCAGCACCGACUCCUCGCCCUCGUCCAGCGAGCACGACGACGACGACGUCUACCUGGACGUCAGCAGCACGCAGAGCAGCGCCGCCAACGCCAGCACAGGUGUGCUGGACGAGGAUGUGGUGGUGAUCGAGGCCACGCCCGCUCCACCCGUCCCCGCCAGUGAGGAGAUCAACGUCACAUCCACUGACAGCGAGGUCGAGAUCGUCACUGUGGACGGCUUCAGGCCGCGCUCUGUGGGGGGUCGGAUGCUGUGGGGCCCCAGCUGUUCUCAGAGUCGGGGUCCAGAGGGACGAAAUCGCCACCGGCUGUCCACAGUCAUCCAGCCACUCCGACAGAGCCAGGGAGAGGUGGUGGACCUCACAGUGGACGAGGACGACAUCUCAGUGGUGGCCACCACCUCCGAGGGCUUGCACACUCAGGCGGUCAGCUCCUCGUCCUCGUCCUCGUUCUCCUCGUCCCUGCGCGCCUCUACCUCAGGGCCCCAGCCGGAGGCCCGGGCCCCUCCUGCCCCAGCGCCCAUGAACAGCAGAAGAGGUUCAUCCAGCCUAUCAGGAGAAAGUGGGGGUGUGGCCAUGCCCCGCCUGCCCUCCUGCUGCCCCCAGCACUCGCCCUGCGGAGGCCCCUCGCCAGGUCACAUGACCUUAGGCCGCCACCCGGGCUGCAUGCAGGCGGGGGCGUCCCAGCAGGGCGCGGGGGCUUCACAGCCAGGGCAUGGGCAUGGGCAUGGGCACGGGCACAGCCACGCGGCGCCACACUCGCACCACUUCCACCACCACCACCACCACGUGGGGCCCCCACCCACACUGGGCUUCGGAGAGCCGGCCUGCCCGCUGGAGCGACCGCAUACCCAGCACCCCGCGCCCUGCACGGGGGUGAGCAGCACCACCGCCGGGGCCAGCCAGUACCAUGACCAGCAUACACAUGACGGUCUAGCUCGUUCGCUGCACCACCAGUCCUCCUCGGCCUGCCCCCACCCCACCGCCCAUGCCAACCCCCCUCCCCCUCCCCCCGCGCCCCCCCAGGGCGACUACGUCAUCCCCCACCCGGUCCACGCGUUCCCCGCGCCCCCUCCGCCUCUGCCCACCCAUGCCCACCUCCCCGGCCCCAGCAGCGGGGCGCUGGCACAGCACCUCCCGGCGGUGCCCGGGCCUGAGCAUGGCGCGCUGCCCCACCACCUGCCCCCCCUGGGCCCGCAGGUGCAGCGACUCCACCAGCACGACAUGCUCAGGAUGGAGGCCCAGCGCAGGCGCAUGAUGCAGCACCCAACGCGAGCUCAUGAGCGCCCCCCUCCUCACCCCCACAGAAUGCACCCCAACUACGGCCAUGGCCACCACAUCCACGUCCCCCAGACCAUGUCCUCCCAUCCACGCCAGCCUGACCAGAGAACCACAUGGGAGCUGGGCAUGGAGACGGGAGUGACUGUAGCUCCAUACCCUUCAGGGCACCUGCACACACACAUGCCCCACUACCACCACGCGCCACCGAGGCUACACCACUUCCCUAUGCCCUUCAUGCACGCGGGGAUGUCGGAGAUGCCCUACCCCCACAUCCGUUACAUCUCCUCCAGGAUGACUGGAUUCGGACGCACCUACGAGGAUCUCCUGCGCAUUGAGGACAGGCUGAGCACAGUAAACAGAGGAGCGUCCCAGGGAACUAUAGAGAGGUGCACUUAUCCUCACAAGUACAAGAAGAAGGUGGGGAAGACAGACAUUGAGGAACAGUUAUCCCCCAAGACACGCUCAUCUAUUGGGGAAAAUAUGCAAGCAACCACAGCCUCGAGGAAGCUGCAUGGGAAGCAGGAUGAGGACGAGGGAGCCGAGGAAGACACCGAGGAGAAGUGCACCAUCUGCCUGUCCAUACUGGAGGAAGGAGAGGACGUCAGGCGUCUGCCGUGUAUGCAUCUGUUCCAUCAGCUAUGUGUGGACCAGUGGCUCCUGACCAAUAAGAAGUGCCCCAUAUGCAGAGUGGACAUCGAGGCCCAGCUAUCCUCCGAAAGUUGAUGCUGUUCCUCCAGCGUUCCUUCGUGGAGGAACUCCUACACUCCCUACCCUUCUGUUUAGCUUUUCUUUUCACUCUCUCUGUCUCUCUCUCUCUCUCUCUCUCUCUCUCUCCGUUUUGUCUCUUUCUUCUCGAGUAACGCAUUCAACCAAAGAUGGCAUCACUCCCCGCACCCCCCAGCGCCAACCGUUAUGUCACGUCACGUCACGUCACGAAGGGGGGAGGAGAGAGGAUGAACUUCAGCCAGUCGGAAGAAAGGAGAGAAUGAACUUUAACCAACCAGAAGAGAGGAAAGGAGAGGUGUCCCGCCCCCAGCCCCGACUCAAGCGUCCUGCCCGCUCGGCUAGAAACCACGUCUCCAUUGUGGAUUGUGAAUUUGUUGUAUUUAUGAAGCUUUUUAUUUUAUUUUAUUUUUCCAUCUCUUUUUGUUUUUGUUUAUUGCAUGGUUCCUUGCGAUGCAUUUCUUUGCACAUAUAAUGAACUAGGCUGGCGCCCAGCCCAUGAACUGCCAGGCAAGGAGAGCCGCUCCCGCAGAGCAACAUUUUUAUAACGUUAUACCUAAUGCCUUGCUUUACUGGACACGAAUGUCGACCUCCGUUUCUGAUGAAAACAUGCAUUGCAGGACUCACUCUCCGUAUCAGUAUAUCGAUUAGUUUACAUUUUAGAUGAUGUGAUCUGUUAGAGUUUUUUGGGUUUUUUUCCCCCCUCGAGUGAUUCCUGACAUUCCUUUAUGGGGAAAAACAAAAAAAGAGAUAUCAUGUUAGCGAGAUUGGCUGCUGCCGUAGUGAGCACAACCUCACCAUCAAGUCACUUCCCCUUACAAGUAAUGGACAUACCAACACCCCCCCCCCCCCCCCCACACACACACACACCCACACCCACACAUCACACUCUAUCACCCAACCACCCGCUCACUCACUCACACACACACACACACACUCCCCAAUGUGUCCCACCAGUCCAAGCCCUUCUCUCAUGGAUUUAACGUGUCACUUAACACAAUUCUUUAAUCAAAUGUAUUUUUGAGGAAAAGAACUGUAUGAAUGUCACCUUUCUGUGUUAGACUGUUCCUCUAUUUUUAAUAGCAAAAGGACUGAUGCCCUGAUGAGAGUGGUGUGUGUGUGUGUGUGUGUGUGUGUGUGCGCGUAUGCACCCUUGAGGCCAGCCACCGCCCCACCUCGCACCCCGUCCUCCAUGCCUGAAUAAGAGGUCACGGGGUCGUGCUGAGUGGUUCCCACGGGAACAGCAUCACAUGGACACAGACUGAUCUGAUGUCACAUGAGCGUUGAGCUCAGCCCAGCGAGAGAGACCCCCCCCCCCCCCCCCCCCCCCCAAAACUAUCCAGCCCAGCCCAGCAUUCUUCAUGAACUCCCACCUCACAUGCAUCCUCCAUUUAGAGGUGAAGGGAGCAGUCCAUUUCCCCCUCUUCUUUCUCUCUCUUUCCCCAUCUCCUUAUGUCUCUCGCUCUCUUCUUCCCUCUCACACUCUCCCCUUCCCUCUCUUGCUCUCUCCUUCCCUCUCUCGCUCUGGUCUUCUCUUCUUAAGCACUGUGGCGGUAGAGACCUCUUCAUUGCCACAGAAGCAAAACACUAAUGUUAUUCUCUAGAUAACUUGCAUAUACUUGCACAUAAGAGACUGGUGUGCUGGACGGACGGACAAGCGAGCGAUUGGCACGCUCAAGUCAUGCUGACACACAGCUGUGCUGGACAGACAGACGGACGAGCAAGCGAGCGCCUGCGGCCAUGGAUCUGGGCUCCAGCGCUCCUGAGCUGUGAGGGGAAACGGACGCGAGGCGGCGGAAGACACGCAGAAACUGUAAUGAAUCCUGAAUGGCAUGGUGGCUGCAGAACUGAGGGCUGGUAGCCAUGCAUUCAUUGACUCAAGGGCCCGCCGGAUGGUAUUCCGUGGGCUUUAUAUUAGUUUUAAAAUAAUGAUAUUAAUAAAAAUUAGGUAACUGUU